AUGAAUUUGAGAUCGGAAUUGCAGAAGCUGUUGAACGUAUGCUUUUUGUUUGCGUCUGCCUACAUGUUUUGGCAGGGCUUAGCCAUUGCUACCAACAGCGCUUCACCCAUCGUGGUUGUUCUUUCAGGCUCCAUGGAACCGGCUUUACAAAGAGGUGACAUCCUUUUCCUAUGGAAUAGAAACACUCUGAGCCAAGUCGGUGAUAUCGUGGUGUAUGAAGUCGAGGGAAAACAGAUCCCCAUUGUGCAUAGAGUUUUGAGACAGCACAACGAUCAUGCGGAUAAACAGUACCUUUUGACUAAAGGUGACAACAAUGCCGGCAACGAUAUUUCAUUGUACGCCAACAAGAGAAUCUAUCUGAAUAAAUCAAAGGAAAUCGUGGGAACCGUUAAGGGCUACUUCCCACAAUUGGGGUACAUUACGAUUUGGAUCAGCGAGAAUCAGUACGCAAAGUUUGCAUUGUUAGGUAUACUGGGGUUGAGCGCUCUACUGGGCGGUGAAUAG